AUGAGAGUCCUUUCAACUGCCGGACCAAACAAUCGCAUCAGAUCAACUCUGGAGGAUGUGAUCAGUCCCGCUUUGUUCUUGGCGACAUUCUUGAUCUUCACCACCAUCUUCUUUACAACCAGAGAUGGCGCAUCCAACAACACCGCCAAUGGAUUCUCUUGCUCUUCGGACAAUCCGACUUUCCCAUGGCAAUCCGGAUGGAACGAAAUCUGGGACUUGAGCAUGUUCCUCAGUGUCAAUCUCGCAGGAGGCCGCUUUACCUUUUCCCAGGCCAAAGCGAUCGACAUCAGCUGGGAUCUGAUUAUUGGCAGAGGCGGCCAGAUGUUUGCUGCCUUCGUGGCCUAUAGAGUGAUGCGCCGAUCCCUACUUCGAUCCAUGGAGUCUCGGCCGAUGCACAUUCCGGUUACGGCGACGCUUGUCUUUGAUGGACUUUCACUCUCGUCCUUGAUCGUCCUGUAUAAAGACCUGGUCGCGACCCUACCCAAGGAAAGAAGGUGGAAUUGGAGGCUGUUCGCAUUUCUCUGGAUGGUCGUCUACCUCACCUCGUUCGGCACAAUUGUUUCUGCGAUGACUGGCUAUCAGACUCAGACGACGCCUUACUUGAGGUUCGAUGUUGAUCCCUCCAUCUCAAGCUCAGGGAACUUCAGCAACACGAAUGAUUUCAUUGCGUCAAGGAAAAUCGUCAAGGGUCGGGAUAGCGCCGUGAUCGAGGAUGAUCUGGAUAAUAUGACGGCGAAAUUGGACAGAAAUAACCACAGCGAGUGCCUCAACGGUGCUACGGACCACAUUCGCGACCCAGAUUUCGAGAUCAAAUUCUCCCGGUCAGGCAACAGAUGCGUUCUUGUCAACUCGAACAUGACGUUCCGAAAUACGACCUAUGACCUCGGCAUCGAUCCCUUAAAAAUCAAGAUUGAACCGAUCUGGACCGUGGAUGGCACAGAACUGAGCAGGAAGUAUUUGGAGGAGAACAGCGUGUGUCAGCCCGGGAAGACUUACAAAUGGGGUUUCUCAUGCCAGCUCUUACUCCUGUUCUGCUCGAUGACCACGGUCUACGCCGGCAUAGUCGCUGCUCUGCAUUGGGAUGUGUGCAAUUUUGGGCGUGCAAAUAACCUGGACCAUCGGACUGGCUUGUAUCGCGAUAUUCUCGACCUUGCCCAGGAAAUAGACAACGAACUGGAUGUCGAUGACAAGGAAGUCUACCUGACCGCAGCGGUCCUGGAAACGAAGAUCACGACUCAGACGGGCUCGAUUGCAGUGGAAGCGAAGGAUUUGCCGCCGAGACGUCGAGAUGUAAGGCGAAGCAAAAGAGCGGAAAUCGAGGAGGAGGCUGCUCGCGACUAUGAGGCUUUUCUUCGCAAGUAG